CAAACCCAACUAAGUUCUAAAUCCCAGUUUUCAAUUCCCAAAGCCUUUCAUUGAAGACAAACUCAUGGACUCAUUCAAGGAUUUUCGAUUGAGUCUAAUCCCAAUUACCCUCCUUAUCAUUUCACUAAGAUGGGUUAAUGGGCAGAUUAGUACACCAUGCACAGCCUCAAUGAUAAGCAGCAUCACUCCAUGCGUAAAUUUCAUCACCGGGAGUACAAGCAGCGGCUCACCACAGACAGCCGGAUGCUGCAAUUCGUUAAAGUCAAUAAUGGGCACCGGCAUGGACUGCGCUUGUCUUCUUAUAACCGGCGGUGUCCCUUUCCAACUGCCCAUUAACCAAACCCUUGCGCUUUCUCUUCCUCGAGUUUGUGGGAUCGGAGCCGUCCCACUGCAAUGCAAGGCCUCUGGUAGUCCUUUACCUGCUCCAGGUUCUGGGUUACUAGUGCCAACACCCGCACCAACAGCUUCUUCACCUCUAAGUCCAGGAGCUUCAAUGGCGGUUGCAGCAGGUCCUGCACCAGAAUCUGGAACAUCUGAUGAUCUGCAGCCAGCAUCUCCAUCAGAUGAACCAGAAGCUCCAACACAAAGUACCAAAGGAGUCGGAAGACCACAGCUGACCCCAUCAGCAUCUAGUUUAACCGAUGUUCCCCCACCAUCUUUCCUACUGAUAAUUUUGGGAAUUAUGGUUUUCAAGUCCUACUAAUACCUCUCUAGCACAUGCUUUUUGUAUGGUUUAUCACAUCCACAACUAAUAAGAGGAUUGUUAUAAGAUCA